AGAAAUAAAGCAAUAUGUUCUCCAAAAUAUUCGCUUUGAGCGCUGUGUUGGCUGUGGCUGCGGCUGGUCUCCUACCCCACCAACCUCAAUAUUCUUCAGCUGCUGCUGUUUCUUCACAGAAUAUAGUGCGCCACGAACAGAACCACGCUAUUUCUGCCGCUCCAGUUGCAUACCACGCUGCACCUGUGGCCUAUCAGGCGUCUCCCGUGCACUACUCUUCUGCCGCCGCUGUAUCUUCGCAAAGCAUUCAACGUCAUGAUCAACCUCAUGCCACUGUCGCCCACUACGCUGCCACACCCGUGGCUCAUUACGCUACCGCACCCAUCGCCCACUACGCUGCGGCUCCCGUUGCCCAUUACGCUGCUGCCCCUGUUGCUCACUAUGCUGCUCCCGCGCACAGAAUCGUAUCUGCUCAUGAGGAGGAAUACGCUCACCCCAAAUACGACUUCUCAUACUCCGUAGCUGACGGACACACUGGUGACAACAAGUCUCAACACGAGAGCCGCGACGGUGACGCCGUGCACGGCGAGUACUCUCUGCUCGAAGCUGACGGCUCUGUGCGCACAGUUCAAUACACCGCUGACGCACACAACGGUUUCAACGCCGUGGUCAGCAACUCUGCACCUUCCCACCACGCUGCACCCGCUCAGGGACAUAUCCUCGCUCACGUUUUUGCUUUGAGCGCUGUGUUGGCAGUGGCUGCAGCGGGUCUCUUGCCAGAACCUCAUUAUUCAUCAGCAGCUGCUGUUUCAUCGCAAAGCAUUGUUCGUCAUGAGCAGAACCAUGCUGCUGCUGCCCCAAUUGCGUACCACGCCGCACCAGUAGCAUACCACGCAGCACCUGUAGCCUACCACACUGCACCUGUAGCAUAUCAAGCUUCCCCCGUACACUACUCCUCGGCCGCCGCCGUAUCAUCACAAAGCAUACAGCGUCACGACCAGCAUAAUGGUGCUAUUGGUGGUGCUCAAACUGUACAGUACGCUGCUGCACCUAUAGCUCACUACUCUGCUACACCAGUAGCUCACUACGCUGCUGCACCCGUAGCUCACUACGCUACUGCCCCCAUUGCUCACUACGCUGCUCCAGCACACAAAAUCGUAUCUGCCCACGAGGAGGAAUACGCUCACCCCAAAUACGACUUCUCAUACUCCGUAGCUGACGGACACACUGGUGACAACAAGUCUCAACACGAGAGCCGCGACGGUGAUGCCGUGCACGGCGAGUACUCUCUGGUCGAAGCUGACGGCUCUGUGCGCACAGUUCAAUACACCGCUGACGCACACAACGGUUUCAACGCCGUGGUCAGCAACUCCGCACCUUCCCACCACGCUGCGCCCGCUCAGGGACAUCUUCUAGCCCAUCACUAAUAAUUAUCGACUCAUUGUUUAUUUAUUUAUUACAAAAACAUAAUCGUCAUUAUUGAAUAAAAAAUUUAAAACGA